ACUCAGAACUGCAGGGUGAGGAUCGGGGCUCAGAAAGGAGACUGACUACCAAACACAGGAUGAAGACUGUUGUGCUUCUCGCUUUGGUUUUUACCUCAGCCGUGGCAAUAAGACAAAGAAGUAAGUUCACGCGUUACCGAUCAUGGAACUCUCGGAUGUAUCCGGUGUGGCAAGACGGAGACCCAAGAUUCAGAAACUGUUGGAAUGGUGGUGAAGUAACUUUUGAUCUUAAGAACGAUGCACCCACCCUGACCGGAGCCAAGGCAACCUUCACAAUCAAUCUAAAUUUCCCUCCAAAUCAGACAGUGCUGCCUGACGGACAGGUGGUGUGGGCACAAAACUGCACCAUUAAUGGUCGCCAGUAUCAGGAAGGCGAGGCUGUGUACCCAGACCAAGACAAUGAGUGGACUGGAGUUUUCCCUGAUGGCACACCUUUCACCAGAAGUCAGAACAAGAAACCCCACUAUGUGUUUGUGUGGAAGACUUGGGGGCGUUACUGGCAGGUGGCAGAUGGACCAUCUUCCUCGCUCACCAUCGGAACAGACAAUGUCCCUCUGGGCUCCUACAACAUGGAAGUUGUCAUCUAUCACACGCGAGGAAGAGACAGGUUCAUCCCCCUCGGGUACGCCUCUACAGUCUUCGCCAUCACAGACCAGGUUCCAUUCAGAGUAUCGCUUGCUCAAAUCAAUGAUGUAAAUCAAGCUGACCAGAACUUCAUCCAGAACCAAGCCAUCGCUUUUACCGUCACACUACACGAUCCCAGCCAGUAUCUGAACAGCGCAGAUGUUAGCUUAAACUGGGACUUUGGUGACAACAGUGGAACACUCAUCUCCAGAGAGCGUACUGUCACACACACAUACCUCUCUGUAGGAACCUUCAAACCUCAGGUGGUCCUGAUGGCAAGCAUCCCCAAUGGAUGUGGAAACCCCACUGCAGUUGUUCCCAUGGAUGCCUCUGCUGCUCCAGCUGUAGUUGUCAUGGCCUCCACCCCUGCAGCUGCACCAGCUGAGGGAGAGGAUACAAUUGCUCUGGAUGUUCCAGCCUCUGAUGCCACACCAGUUGCUGUGUCUGUGCAGCCUGCCGAUGCAGCCAUGAACACCGAUGAUGGCGAGCCAGUUGUUGACACAGAGGUUGUAGAGGUUGCCUCAGUGGCUCCUGCUGCUGUAGAUGCAGCAGUUGUUCCAGCAGAACAAGAUCCUGCCAACACUGCUGCUCCUGCUGCUGAAGUAAACGCUGCUGCAGAGGAGACAGAUGCUACUGUAGCCGAAGUGGCCACUGUUGACCCUGUUGCACCAGCAGCUGAAGAGGUGGCAGAUGUUGAAGCAGCUGCUGAAAAUGACACUUCUGUGGUGGCAGAAACAGAUGCAGCUGCAGAAAACGUACCUGUGAUUGAUGCUACUGCUGCAGCUGCCCCUGUUGGAGAGGGAGAAGAAGCUACCGUUGAGGUUGCUGAAACCGUCACUGUUGCAGCUGUGGUAGAUGCAGCAGCAGAGGGAGAAGCUGCUGUGACUGCUGUUGCUGUGGAGCCUGCAGAGGCUGCUGUUGCUGCCAUAGAGGUUGUCCAAGCUGAAACCCAAGCCCCAGUUGAUAACGUUGUAGCUCUUGCUGCCACUGAGGCCACAGCUGUAGAAGAGGCUGCACCGGUGGAUGCUGCAGCUGAUACUGAGGCCGAAGUGCUGGAAACUGAAAAUGUAGUUGCAGCUACUGCAGCUGCUGCAGGUGAGGUUGAGGUUGUUCCAGCUGAAGGUGAAGUUCAGACCGAAGUGGAAGCUGAUCCAGCACAGGUUGCCCUUGUGGUGGCCAAAAGACAGGCACCAGAGCUAACAGCUGACUGCACCAUCUACCGUUAUGGCUCUAUUGCCACAUCUGUAGAGAUUGUCCAGGGUAUUGAAAGUGUAGAGAUUGUUCAAGUGUCAAAUGUUGUGGCAAUGGCAACUGAGCUGGAGCAGAAUGCUGUGGAUGUCACCAUCAGCUGUCAGGGAAGUCUGCCAAGCGAGGUCUGCACUGUCAUUUCUGAUGCUGACUGUAUCUCGCCGGUACAAACCGUCUGUACUGCAGCGACACCCUCUCCCGACUGUCAGAUGAUCCUUCGUCAGUUCUUUAAUGAGACAGGAGUAUUCUGCCUCAACGUGUCGCUAACUAACGAUGUCAGUCUUGCUGUGGCAAGUGCCAGAGUCAAUGUGGCAGUAGCCUCCGGUGGCUCUCCAGCUGGAACUGCUGCCACAGUACUGGGUGUUAUGGUUCUUGCCUGCGUUGUUUGUUGCGUUGGUCUGAUGUACAGGCGCUUCAAGCAGUACCAGCCGCUGAGAGAGGAUGGUGCUGCUGAUAAUGGAGGCAGCUUUGCAGUUACAUCGGUGCCUUUGCUGUUGUGGAACUUGUUGAGUCGACAGUCACCAGGAGAAAGCCGUCCACUUCUUCAGGGAAGGAUUGUGUGAAAAUCACCAUCAAUUUAUGCAAUCAAAAUGUACAACAUCUGCUAACAUAUCAGCUUUAUACAUGUCACACUUUCUGUAGCAGUACUGUUACUCCCAACCCUGAAACCUGAACCAGCUAAGUUGAGUGAACCUGCCCCUUGUAUUACAUGUGAAAGAAUCAGGAGUUAUUUCUAUUACAAGUAAAAUUAUAUUUAUUUUGCCCUGUAAUAUCAUUUAAAUUGUUAAUGAAAAAUGUACAUGAGCCAUAACAUAUCCUCUCAUUUGUGGCCUGCUUCUAACCUUUUGGCAAAUCAGUGUUAAAUCGUUUCAGUUCAGUUUCUUUAAGAUAAAGUUUAUCACAGAACAUUAUCAUAUUUUCUACACUGAAGUG